UUCUUUCUUCACUGUCCACCCCAGUUCUUGCAUCAGUCAAUUUCUGCUGCUCUGGUUCAUCUUUCAAACAGUUUCUGCAUCUUGACGUCAUUCCCAGGUCGGUCUUCGGAUGAACAAGCUGUUCCAUGUGACAUGAUUCUGCUAAGAGGUCCGUGUAUUGUUGAUGAAUCUAUGCUGACUGGAGAGUCUGUACCUCAAAUGAAGGAGCCUAUCGAAGAUCUCGAGAAAGAUAGGUACUUUGACAUCGAUGCAGAUAGCCGUCUUCAUGUGAUAUUCGGAGGAACAAAAAUUGUUCAGCACACUCCACCUGGAAAGAGGGCUGAUGGCCUCAAAGGCCCAGACAACGGUUGUACAUGCUACGUACUGAGAACAGGGUUCAACACAAGUCAAGGGAAGCUUUUGAGGACCAUUAUGUUUGGUGUGAAAAGAGUGACUGCGAAUAACCUCGAAACGUUCUGUUUCAUCUUAUUUUUACUUAUUUUUGCAAUCGCUGCUGCUGGAUAUCUAUGGGUCGUGGGUAGUCAGGAUGAAAAGCGCAACAAGUAUAAACUGUUUUUGGAGUGUACGCUUAUUCUGACUAGUGUGAUCCCUCCUGAAUUACCUAUAGAACUUUCGCUGGCUGUCAAUACCUCGUUGAUAGCUCUCCAGAAGCUAGGAGUAUUUUGCACUGAACCAUUUCGCAUUCCUUUCGCUGGAAAAAUUGAUAUUUGCUGUUUUGACAAGACUGGGACGCUUACCACUGAUAACCUAGUCGUCGAGGGAAUCGCAUUCAGGUGUGCUUACCUGUAUUUUCCCAACUUCAUCUUACUUACUCGCUAA